CUGCGAGUCAGUGUAUCUAUCUCUGUGAAUCAUGUCUGGUCGUGGUAAAGGUGGUAAGGGUUUGGGCAAAGGAGGAGCCAAGAGACAUCGCAAGGUGUUGCGUGACAACAUCCAGGGCAUCACAAAACCUGCAAUCCGUCGUCUGGCUCGUCGUGGUGGUGUGAAACGCAUUUCUGGAUUGAUCUACGAGGAGACUCGUGGUGUUCUGAAGGUGUUUCUGGAGAACGUGAUCCGUGAUGCAGUCACCUACACAGAGCACGCCAAGAGGAAGACAGUGACAGCUAUGGACGUGGUGUACGCUUUGAAACGCCAAGGUCGUACUUUGUACGGUUUCGGUGGUUAAUUCACUAGCAUGUGAACAAUUAGCGACCUGCAACUGG